GUGUGAUUGUUGCUUACAAGCUUUUUGCACCAAAAAGUUCUCCUCCACUUGCCCAUUUCGACUAACAAUCAUUCUUUUUGUCCUUUUUUGCUUAUAAACUUUCUCUUAUUAUUUCUUCCUCUUUUUCUUUUGUUCUUCACCGCUCUAAACCACCCUUUUCUUUUUCAAUUCCUUUUAAUCUGUUUCUAAAACAGAGAAGGCAGGGGGAUUUUGGUUUUUCCAGAGCUAGGAACCAAGGUGAGUUAAAUAAAGGAUUCUUUUAUGCUUAGGGUGAAGUUUUUGAUCCUUUUAUAUGGUGGAUAAUUGAAGUUUGCAUCAAAGGAAGCAAACUAUGGGAGAAGAGCAAAUUUUCCAGAAAAAGAUGGCAAAGCAGUUGACAGGUAAAAGGGAUGAUACACCACUUCACUCAGCAGUGAGAGCAGGGGAUCUUCACCUGGUUUUGGAAAUAAUUAGAGGAUGCGAAGCUGGGGACUUGUUUGAGCAGAAUCAAUCUGGUGAAACUGCCUUGUAUGUUGCUGCUGAGUGUGGUAGGGCUGAUUUAGUGAAGGAACUGAUUAAGUAUUGUGAUAUUGUUUUGGCUGGUAUUAAAGCAAGGAAUGGCUAUGAUGCUUUUCUUAUAGCUGCCAAGCAAGGGAACCUGGAGGUAUUGAAGAUUCUCAUGGAGGCCAAUGUUGAUCUUUCGAUGACUUUUGAUUCUUAUAACACCACAGCGAUGCACACUGCUGCAUCACAAGGCCAUGCUGAAGUGGUGAAUUUCCUCUUGGAAAAAGGCAGCAACGUGGCUGUAAUAGCAAAGAGCAAUGGUAAAACUGCCUUGCAUUCAGCAGCAAGGAAUGGGCAUGUAGUGAUAGUAAAGGCCCUUUUGUCUAAAGAGCCUGGAAUCACAACAAGAACAGACAAGAAGGGGCAGACAGCUCUACAUAUGGCGGUUAAAGGGCAUAAUAUUGAAGUGGUUGAUGAGCUGAUAAAGUCAGAUCCUUGUUUAAUAAACAUGGUUGAUAAUAAGGGGAAUACUGCUUUGCAUAUAGGGACUCGAAAGGGUCGAAUUCAGAUUGUUGAGAAGCUGCUAAAUCAAAAUGGAGUUCACAAACUAGUCAUCAACAAGUCCGGGGAAACAGCUAUUGACAUUGCAGAGAAACACAAACUAUCUGAUAUUGCAGGCAUCUUAAAAGAGCAUGGAGUCCAGUGUGCCAAAUUCAUCAAGACACAACCUACAAAUUCGGCUAAAGAACUAAAACAAACUGUAAGUGAUAUAAAGAAUGGGGUUCAUCACCAGUUUGAACACACACGCCAAACGAGAAAACGCAUGCAAGGUAUAGCUCAACGAAUCAACAAAAUUCAUGUUGACAGUCUCAAUAAUGCAAUCAACUCCACCACAGUGGUGGCUGUUCUCAUUGCCACUAUUGCGUUUGCUGCCAUAUUCAGUGUCCCAGGCCAAUAUGCUGACAGUCCAAAAGAUAUUUCACCAGGAGUUUCUCCUGGACAAGCGAGAAUUGCUUCAAAACUGCCCUUUUUGAUUUUUAUUGUCUUUGACGCUAUAGCCCUCUUCAUAUCAUUGGCUGUUGUGGUGGUGCAAACCUCGAUUGUAGUUAUACACAGAAAAGCAAAGAAGCAGAUGAUGGCAGUUAUUAAUAAGCUCAUGUGGUUGGCUUGUGUACUGAUUUCAGUUGCAUUUCUAGCCCUUUCAUAUAUUGUAGUUGGAGAUGAGUGGUGGUUAGCUAAUCUAGUUACUGGUAUAGGGACUGUUAUCAUGGUAUCAACAUUGGGGACAUUGUGUUAUUGGGUGAUUGUGAACCGUAUCGAGGCUUCAAAACUACACAGCAUCUGGAGAUCUUCAAUGAAUAGUGGAUCUCGAUCAUUUUCAAUGUCAUAUGUGUCUGACACGGAGAUUCUGAACAAUGAACAUAAGAAACUCUAUGCAGUUUGAGCUGCAACGCGCCUUAUGGCCUUCACCUAGACACCCACCUUUUUAUCUGUACAUGGAUCUCACUAACUGACGCAGACUGUCAGCCUAAGCAAAAAAUGCAAUAUUGAACUUAUACAGAUUGUAUAACAUCAUAUAUAUGUAGACAGACGUUUUUGUAGUUAAAUGGAUCGAGGAAAACAAAUUAGCCAAUGAUUUGGCUUUAUUGUC